GAGGACCACAGGGUACUAUGUGGAGGUAAACUACUAACACUGUAGAGAUAAAGGAAGUUAAUGUAGUCACAUCAUGUGCUAGUUACUGGUAACAAGUGUUUUUACUUGAACACAUUCCCCGGUUGGUUGUAUAACGUACAGUUUGAAUUUGGGCUACAUGCUUUCAAAAGAUUGCUCUGCAGAAGAUGGCACUUUACAUUUUGCACUUGCAAAUGUCUUCGUUGGAGAUGCAUAUUACAUUCUGUUUUUACAGGUAAUGAAAUGGUACAAUUGUGUACAUUUGCUGAAUACACAAUGUGUCAGAUUAUGUUUCCAUUGUUAGAGUGUUGAUUUUUGUCCAGUCUGACUUCUGAAUUUAGCUGAGAACUGAUUUAGAAACUGAGCAUUAGGAGCAUGAUUACUGGUGAAUUUGCAUUUGGUAUUUGGCUGUUGGAAUUGCUUAAUUCUUCUGGAUUCUCUGGAUGUUAUUAGCUGGCAAUAUGUCAAACAGAACUGCACAAAGCCAGUGUUCAUUGGUGCUACAGUCGUGGUCUGCAUAGAUGAAGCCAGUCUGGUGGUGUGAGACUGCAGUGCAUUGCGUGGCAGUUAUGUUUUUACAGUGCUAGUUAAAAGCGCUGUCGUUGGCUGGCCCAGAGGCCCGGGACUGACUGUGACUGUUUAAACAUUUUAUUACCUGUUAAGGCUAUUUAUAAUGUUCCUGUGCAUGGGCUGCUCUCAGCUGUCAGUAAUUUGCACCUGCGGGAGCACUUUAGCAGCGGGCUGGAUGGAUGGGCAGGCAGGCAAGUCCCUGAAACAAACUCAGAUAGGCUUUUAGUUUGUUUAACAGAAAUGCAUACAUGAACAUAUGACAACGUUCAGGUGUGCUAAACUGGUUUCAGUCACCUGUCUCGUACAAAAAGCACGCUUUACAAACUAUACAUUCUGCACAUGUGGUCCACAGAAACACAUGUACAUUCUGUUCAUAUGUUUCUGUGAAUGACCUGUGUGUAUGCGUGUGCACGGGUGUCUGUGUGCCUCCUCCCAGUUACUGCGAGCCUAUUUUAAGUAGGCGACAAAAGGCCCACUUAGAUUUGGUUGGCUGGAAAGUCGGCCUGCUCCACAGAGCACUUCUUGUUAACUGAAGGCUGCUUCCAGUUUCUAGGGCCACUCUCCUCCCCCCCCUCCUCUCAGUCCUCCCUCUGCCUGGAUAUCCACAUGUCCUCCCUGACUCAAAGUGCUCAGCUCAGCAAAUAUUUGAAACUUUGCAAGUUAAUCAUAAGACUGAACACCCUCCGCCUCCUCCUUUACAAACACAGAAAGAGGGAGUGACCAAAGAGAUGGAGAGAGACGCACACACAAACGCAGCUGGCACGAGUGGGUGCUUUCAGAACAGGCUGCACCGACACCAGAGCAGCUACUGCUAAUCAUUAACUAUCUGCCUCCACAUGAGCAGGCCUCGACCUCGCGGUGCGCAGAAAGGGAAAGACGAGAGAGAGGAGACUCAGCCCUUUACCACACGACACAGCAGGAACUGAACAGUCAGUCAGCUAGACAGUCGCAUGUUGCACCUGCCUCACGCCGAGCGGAUUUUGCCUGGAUUUCAUUAAGAAGCACAUAAAGCUGCGACCUUUUUAAGAAUUAAACCAAGCUACAUCCAUGUCCUCAGUGGACUAAACUAUGAAAUGGAGCUUUACCGGAGGACUUGAACCUAACUCUGUUGGAUUUAAUAUACCCUUUGGGAAUAAAAGAAGAGUUUCGAAGAAGAAAUUUUUGAUUCACCAAAAUAUGCACAACUUGCAACCUCUACCUCCAAAGCCACCCAAGCCCACAUCUGUGAUUAACAACGGUAUGAACAACAACAUGGCUCUACAAGACGCUGAAUGGUACUGGGGAGACAUCUCAAGGGAGGAGGUCAAUGAGAAACUGAGGGACACUGCAGAUGGUACGUUUUUGGUGCGAGACGCCUCUACGAAAAUGCACGGCGACUACACUCUGACUCUGAGGAAAGGAGGAAACAAUAAGCUUAUUAAGAUAUUCCAUCGGGAUGGGAAGUAUGGCUUCUCAGACCCACUGACCUUCAGCUCUGUUGUUGAGCUCAUCAACCACUAUCGCAAUGAGUCACUGGCUCAGUAUAACCCUAAGCUAGACGUCAAGCUGCUGUAUCCCGUUUCCAAACACCAGCAGGAUCAGGUAGUAAAAGAAGACAACAUUGAAGCUGUGGGGAGGAAGCUCUGUGAGUACCACCAGCAGUACCAAGAGAAGAACAAAGAGUAUGACCGUCUUUAUGAAGAGUACACCAGAACAUCACAAGAAAUCCAAAUGAAACGGACAGCGAUUGAGGCUUUCAAUGAAACUAUAAAGAUAUUUGAGGAGCAGUGUCAAACACAAGAGCGGUACAGCAAGGAGUAUAUUGAGAAAUUCAGGAGAGAAGGCAACGACAAAGAGAUCCAGAGGAUCAUGGGAAAUUACGAGAAGCUGAAAUCAAGGAUUAGUGAGAUCGUAGACAGCAAACGCAGACUGGAGGAAGAUCUGAAGAAACAGGCUGCGGACUACAGAGAGAUCGACAAACGAAUGAACAGCAUCAAGCCUGACCUCAUCCAGCUCCGCAAGACCAGAGACCAGUAUCUAAUGUGGUUGACCCAGAAGGGAGUCAGACAGAAGAAACUCAACGAGUGGCUGGGAAUCAAAAACGAGAACACAGAAGAUCAAUACUCUAUGGUGGAUGAUGACGAAGACCUUCCUCAUCAUGACGAGCGAAGCUGGAAGCUGGGUAACAUCAACAGACUACAGGCCGAGGCCCUCCUCCAGGGCAAGAGAGACGGAACAUUCCUGGUUCGAGACAGCAGCAAAGCAGGAUGCUACGCCUGCAGUGUUGUUGUGGAUGGCGAGGUGAAGCACUGCGUCAUCAACAAGACCCCCUCAGGUUAUGGCUUCGCCGAGCCGUAUAACCUGUACAGCUCAUUAAAAGAACUCGUACUUCACUACCAGCACACGUCUUUGGUCCAGCACAAUGACUCUCUGAAUGUGACGCUAGCGUACCCAGUCUAUGCUCAGCAGAGACGGUGAGGACCCGGAUGUAUCCACAUGGACACAAAGAUUUCUAAGGCCUCACGGGAGUGGGAGAUCUGGACUCCAUGAUUGAAACGAGGCUCUAAUGCCUAACUUGGACUUGAAAUCGGAGGAAAAGACGCAAUAAAGCCUGAAACAUUUCAGUGACUUUGCCUGACCACAAGCCUGAGGCGAGUCUGAAUGUAGAUCUAUUUCUCUUUUGCUUUUUGCGGGAGCACAGAAUCAAGCGGAAAACUGCUGAACUCCCCCAGCGGAGGACAUUUGAGGCCUUUUCUUUAUGGUGCUUGUUCUUUUUCGAAGCUUUACCAGCCGGAAUGUCUAAUCGCAGCAGAUAAACUCUUCAAAUGGAACUGUAACUCACCGGCCACAACUUUUGUUUUUUCCACUUUUAUUUUUUCCUUUCACAUCAUCUGUGUGUUUCUUUGUAUGUGGCUGUGACUGAGUGUGUGACUGUCCAUGUGACCAAAACUCAUAGAAUCAGGAAGCUGUGUGAUUGGGGGCUGUGUAACACAUUUGCUCGUGUUAACUGUUAAGUAGCAGACCAUGGAUCAGCUGAUAAAUGUAGCAAAAUGGCACUUUUUAAAACAAAUUUUAAUUUUUUUUUCUUCUUCUUUUUUUAUUUUAUUUUUUUUUAAAAACUCCUAUGGACUUUUAUCUGAAGAGCAGAGAUGACAAGACGUCUGCGUCCUGCCUUCUUGCUGUUGAGCAUUGUUGUGCAGAAGUAAACUUGAUCUUAACUGUGGGCAGGUGAAACUAUGAAUGGACUUACUAUUUCAUGUACAUAUGUGAAAAUGUGCAAAGUCAUGAAUCAAAGUGCACCAUACCAAAAAGGAUCAGUUCCUGUUUAGUUGUAUUCUGAUCUGCUAUGCAAUUCUUUCUCCAUAUUUACUUCAGAAUUGUUCUAUUCUGUUGCAACCCACAAUAUAAGCUUGUUUUAUUGCUUGAAAAGUAUCUUUUCCUGUGUAAAUAUCCAAGAGGAUAUUUUGUGUCAAAAUGUCAAGAUACGGUAAAAAAUGCUUAUGAUUUUUAAAGAUAAUAAUAGAAACAUACACUUUAUUAUAAAUUACUUUAACAACUGGUAUACAGAUGGAAAAAGAUGAGUAUUUUAUUAGUCUUUUUUUUUUUUUUUUGCUUCAAACUAAUUCUCAGGCAGAGCCUUUUGAGUAUUUGAGCUGCUUCAUACACAAAGUACUAUUUCCGACAGAGUGACACACAGUUCUUUGUUGGGACAGACAAACAAAGUUCGAGCACUCAGAGAGAGCGGGCUGACAGGAUUGUACGACCCGUUGUCAACCAUCACCGCGAAAACAACAGUAUAGAUUUAUUUUGUUAUAAAAUAUAUAUGUUCCCAUAUGAGAAUAUAUCAAAGCAGACUGGUGUUUUCAACUGAUGGAUAUUGUUAUUAAAGAUCAAUAUACAUUGUACACUUAGUAUUUUUCUGUAUCAGAAAAUCACUGUGUUUACAUGGGUGGAUCGGCUCAUUUCAGAUAGUCAGUAAUUUCAUAUUUCAAAGGACAACACGUGCCAGUGGAAUCCUACGCCACAGCGCAAUUAUACGUUUUCUUUCCCCAUCUUUAGCUUUUACAAGUCUAUAACUGGAGUUAUUGGUACAAGUGUAAACCCAGUGAACUAGUAAUAAUGUAAAUGACUAUUAGCAUUUGAGCAUGUCGGACCACCAGAACUACCAAUAUGAAGUCGAAAUGACGUGAAAAAUGACAAAUUAGAUCGCUCACAUGACAAAAUGUCUCCCAGUGAUAAUAUUUUGCAACCCCCUCCCCUCAACAUGUACGCAUGGUCAUCACAGCUGUCGAUUAAACUGUUUAAUAUUUCUAUGUGUAACAAAUUAGUUGUAAAAACACUAACAAAGUGUACUUUUGAUUAUUGUUUCCAUUUUCAUUGGCAUGUCAAAUCUGACUCUUAAUUAUCUUUGGCACAAACUUGUAUUCUUGGAAAAGGUGUAUAAACAGACAGCCACCGAAGAAAAAAAUGUUUUCAUCUCUUGCAUAUUCUUUGCGGUUCCACAAAGCGGAACUGCUCAAGCUACGGUACACACAGCUGAGUUUAAAGUGUAACGUGUUUUAGAUGUAUUUGACCAAAUUGCUCAUCCAAGUUUUAAUUUUUAGCACAUUGAUAGGAACUGUCAUUUAUUGUAGGCUUUAUUGGUUCUUUCAAAGCUGUUAACAGGUGUCAUGGAUACAGCUGUCAUAUUUGACAUUUAUUUUACUAGAUUUUAUUUACCUCCCCAACAGCUGCUGGCAUGAUUUUAUUUUUUUGUUUGUUUCUUAUUGUCAAAGAUAUUUUUUUUUAUAGUUCUUGGACAACAUGCACCAUUAUUUUCUUUGCCCCAAUUCUGGGUUGUAUGAUUAUUUUAGGUGUCCUUUUUUUAUUUGAAGCUCCCCUCUUAUGUUGGUGUCCCUAACAUGAUGAUUGGAUUGAGAUUUGCCAGUGUUCCCCAGUUUUGCUUCAAAUCUUGGGCUUUGUUAAAAAUGAAAUAAAACACUUCUUUUUAAGAAACAAA